AUGACGUGGCCAGCCGUGCUGCCACUGCAAUGCAGCAUGGAGAAUCCCAAGCGGCUGUCCCUGGGCGCGUUGGUUGAAGCAUUGGCGAAUGAAACUUCCUCGGAGGAGCGAACCUCGGUGACUCAGGUGGCUGCCUUGGUGGCAGCCGUUCAGCCAAGGAAUUGCCCCUACCAGCUCACACGACUGCCCAAGGGAGACCUGGUGAUCAUGUUCUCCGACGGACUGCGCGACAAUCUCCAUGAUCGUGAGGUUGUGAGCUUGGUAAAUCGCACUUUGCCCCCGAUGUGUGCCGACUUGGUGGGUCUGCUGGAUCGCUGCACGCCGCCAGAGACAAUUGCCAAGACCUUGGCGCUGGCGGCGCAGGAACGUUCCAUGGACGCCACCGCCAAAGUUCCAUUCGUGGAGUACAGCAAGCGCCACGGAUUCGAGUGCAUCGGCGGGAAGCAAGAUGAUAUUACGGUGGUUGCAGCAUGGGUGGUCGCAGAUGAGUCCCAACCAAAUCCAGACGCGCUGGAUGUCGACGAGAUCGUGGAGGAGAUGCUUCUGGCUGAGGAGGCUGAGGAAGAGCGACUUCGGUUGGAGGAGGAGGAGAGGCUCCGCCUUGAAGAGGAAGAGCGGCUCCGCGAGGAAGAGGAGGAGAGGCUCCGCCUUGAAGAGGAAGAGCGGCUCCGCGAGGAAGAGGACGAGGAACUGCUGGAUGAGGAAGAUGAGGCUUUCGACCAUGGUGACAAGUCCCCAGCCACUUCCAAUGUGUCUUACGAGUACUACGCAGCGGACGGGGAUGCCAAUGAGGAAGAUGAUGAGGCGAAACCGCGAAACGCCCGAGGAUCUGGCCACAUCCACGCAAAGAAGUCCUCCCGCGACUUCGAGAGGAAGAACAAGACGGAGGUCCGCGCUGGCACACGACGCCAAGAAUUUCGGCCAAUGUCCAGCAGCAAAGCUGCUUGAUGGGCUGGAUGCCUGGCAAUUCUGUUUUCCACGGCCAGGUCUCAGCCGGUCCCAGCAGCAAAGCUGCCACGGCCAGGUCUCCGUCGUCUGACUUCAGUUUCACACGAGCACUGCCGAGAUCAACAGCAUUUCGCCUUGGGAAA